ACUCUAUAAUCUGAAACUUGACCAAAAAAAAAAAAAGGAAAAAAAUUACGCCUCGUUCCUAGAACUUCAGAUGAUGUCGAAUCCGAGUUCUUGUCUCCUGAAAUCUCCAAUUCCUGCUCUCGUAAAUCUCCCAUAGAACCAAAUCAGUGGCGCAGGAAACAAGGUUUUCUUUACGUUCUGUCCAUCAGACCCGCGGCUCUCCUCCUCCAGGCUCGGCCCCGCCAGCCUCUUCCGGAUUCGACGCGGCCGGCUGACCAACCAAAAUCUUCUUAUUCUCCUAUCUUCACCUUUUCUUAUAACUUACAUAGCACCUGGAAACCAGAAGCCGCCAAGUAAGCUCUGUUGGUCCUGCUUCUCUCUCUCUCUCUCUGUCACUUAGGUUCGACCUCCAUCUCACGCCACCGCUUGGCUGCUGCUUCCCCCAAGAGAUAAAAAACUUCACGAUCUGCUAGCCGAAGGAUCGUGCGCCAUUAUAUUUUAUUUGGAUUGAAGGUUAAGCUGGUUAACCAGGAUAAGCAUAAACCAUGGCACAGUCUUCAGAUAGGCCCUUAGAGGAUAAAGAAGACAUGAAGCUAUGGGGAAUUCUCCUCUUUGGCUUGAUUGGUGCUACUGCCACCACUUUUGCUGUUGGUCAGCUGCGGAGGACUUUUGAUUUGUUCUAUGCGCAGUUAUCUAGAUCACAGUCAUCAUGGAAAACAACCGGCAGUUCCUUCCGUACAUCUUUUCAAGAGGAAGCAUGGAAAAGAUAUAAUCGUAGAUUGCAAGAGGAGUAUGAAGAAGAGUUAGAGAGAGUGGAGCGAAUUAGGCGCAUGCAAAGUGUCUUCAACAGAGAGAGGAGUAAAUACAAGAGAAGUUAUGAGAGCUGGAGAGAGAAUGGUCCUGGUGCAUAUCAUCAACAUUUCCAGCGAGAUGAUUGGUACUGGAAGGCUAAUACAUCCUACAAAGAUCACAAUUUUAAUUACAGUGAACCUCCAAGACAGAGGGCAACCUAUCCAUUAUCUCACCACUACUCAGUUUUGGGUCUUGACAGGUCCAGAUCAACGCCAUACACCGAAGCUGAAAUUAAGACGGCAUUUAGGGCGAAGGCAAAGGAGUUCCAUCCUGACCAGAACCAGGUUAACAGAGAGGCUGCUGAGGCAAAAUUCAAGGAGGUAAUGACCUCAUACGAGGCUAUAAAGCAAGAAAGAAAGAACAUGAACUUAUAAACUCUGGGAAAUUCGAGUUCAAAUUUUGUGCAGAUUGAAGAAGAAAGUAAUGUACUCCAAAGUAUAACCCAUAAUCCUAAAUCUCUUGGUAGCUUCUAUACUUACUAGGAAGACAUUGAAUUCUGAGCAGAUCAAUUUUCCCAUAUCCGGAUUUUCAAGGGUCCAAGUUGUAUUAGUAGGUUAUCAGGUGCAGAGCAUGUUAUCAUGUGCUCGCAACGUUUGUACCACCAUAUGGUUCAGUUACCUCCCUCAAAUCAUGUAUAGAAAAUAAUGAGGAAAAGGUUACAGAAAAUAUAUAAAUAUUUAUUUAUUUAUUUUUCUAAUUUUUUACUCAGUGGA